AUGGUGGCCAUCGUCCACUUCAACCCGCAGACACACGUGGGGGGUGGCAGGGUGCACGUGACGGAAUCAUGGAUCUUUGCAUCUGAGGACAUAGCACAUGACUGCGAUUUCCACCUGCACGGCGUGGCCAGGAUGGCGGACCACUACCUGCGUGGAGAUGGGAGCGAAGCAACAGCUGCCGCCCGGAAAGAAGGCAGGACGCCUCGGAUUCACAUGUUUACCGAUGGGUGCGGGAAGCAGUACAAAGGAAGGCGGAAUUUCCGCUUUUUGACCGACAGCGUCCGGCAAAUUGGCUUCUUCAUCGACCAUCACUUCGCGGCCACAUCUCACUUCAAAGAUUGCCAUGAUGGGAUCGGCGGAGUCGCAAAGAACGCCAUGAACAGGAGGGAGAGAUUUGGCAAGCGAAUCAUGGGGGCGGACGGGGGGGGGUACUUCGCGAAGUGGUCUCCAUACCGCAUGCGGAGGGUGCACGUCGAGUUUAUCGGUAAGAAGGAGAUCUAUCGGCCAAACUCGAUCCCGGAAGGCGUAGAGGGUACACGAGAGAUGUACCACUUUGCGGGAGCAAACACUCCCAAGUGGGAUCGGUCCACCUCAACCAAGGGACGCGAAGAUGACUGUAAGCUCGUGCUGAAGAGCGAGGGGCAGGGUCAGUUGUCGAGUCUAGAGGAGCCGGUUGCGGGAAGUCAAGGUGCUGGGUGCAGUAGCGAGCAGAUGGAAGGGUCAGGGGGCUGGGUUGCAAGCUCCGAUAUCGGGGGAGGAAGACGUGACUUGCAGGAAGGUGGAACGGACCUACAGUCUCAGGACUCGUUUGGCGUCGUGCUUCUGCUCGGCGUGCCGGUGUUCUGAGUAUGAGCAGUGCUACGUUAGCAAGACGUACCCCCGUCUCGUUCCCGCAAUGGAGGAUGGCGUAGUGAAGGAAACGGUGAUCAUGGACACUGGAGUAGCGCCCGCAGACGAAGAUGCCUCCGAGGGGAUCAAGUUCCCGCGAUACAAGAAGGAAUGCGUAAAGAAGAGAAUGACUGGGACACAGUGGCAGGACGGCGACUCUGCUACUGCAUCAAAGUUUUGGGAAGAGCUUGGAAGGAAGGAAGAGCCCAGUAUUUUUUCCCGUUUCGGGAGGUGGGCUGACAUUUAAGUGGC